UUUCGUGACUCCUCUUUCUUCUUCCAUCUCAAUCCAACUUCUGCAACAUCCUCUUCUUCCUGUGCAACACAUUCCCUAGCCUCCCCUCCGUUCCCCCCACCCCUUCAUGGAGGCCGAAACCCUUUCCCCUCAACCGUAUUCCCCAGCUACUUCUCCAAGAAGCCAUAACACUUAUUGCUGCAAGUCACCCGAAUUCGAGUUCUGGAUGGUCCGGAACCCCUGCUUCCCUCAACCCAACCUCCACUCCGCCGAUCAACUAAUCGCCGACGGCGUCCUCCUCCCUCUCCACCUGCUUCCUCUCCAACCCAAAUCCCAAACGCCAGAACUAGAUCCACCACUUCCAGAAGCAGAUCCUCAACCUGACCCGGAAACUGGACCAGAGUCGUCUCCGGCGAUAACAGGGUCAGCUAUGACGACGGUGCUCUCGGCGUCCAAGCGGUGGAGGGACAUGUUUAAGAAGAGUGAGAAGAAGAACACCGAAAUGAACAGUCCAGAAGAGAAGGACAGAGGGAAAGGGAAGAAGAAAGAGAGGAAGAGUGGAGGUGGAGGUAGUUCCGCUGAGUUGAACAUCAACAUAUGGCCGUUUUCCCGUAGCAGGUCCGCCGGGGCUCCACCGAGGUUGUUCCCCGGAGCUCCGGUGACUCGGAGGGUCAACAGCGCGCCGUGCUCGCGGAGUAAUUCGGCCGGAGAGUCCAAGUCCAGGAAAUGGCCCAGCAGUCCGGGUCGGGCCGGAGUCCAUUUAGGACGGAGCAGCCCGGUUUGGCAGGUUCGUCGCUCGAAGAUUCAAGACCCAAAUACUGAAAAGGGAUCAAAGAAAGAAACAACCACGACCCAUCGGAGUAAAGUAGCCUCCACCACCUCCGCCGCCGGUGCCAAAACCAGGGUUUUGAGCUUGAAUGUCCCCACUUGCAUCGGUUAUAAGCAACAUUUGACUUGCAGAAACGACGAGAACAGCGACAUUAGUGCGGCGGGCGGCUCCACCAGAAGUGCCACUCGUACCCGUGGCAGAAACGGCGGAGUUAGCGGCGGCGCUGGUAACGGAACCGGAAACAGUGGAAAUUUUUUCAAUUUUCGCAGCAUUUUCAGCAAGAAAAGCGUAUUAACGUCUCACUAAGGAGAAAAUCUGUAACUACCCACAUGAUGAUAAACUAAAAAAAAAAAAAAUCUUUUUCAAUUUCUUUUUCUUGUAUUUA